UUGUCUGUAAGGGCUAUAUUGUGACAACCAACUUUACGUGAAAACAGUCGUAUAAACUAUUAUAUUUUAAAGAGAAAUAAUAUUUCUCGUUUUCAAACUUAAAAUGCUGAUGUUUUGCGCAACACCUUUAACAUGGAUUAUGAUUGGAAUAUUGGUCUACGAGAUGUGUACGACCGGUGCGGCAGACGAUGCUUGGAAGGAAAUUACGCCGCUUUUUAGUGACAAUGAUUCAUUCAUUUGUGAAUAUUUCUGUUAUACACCAAGCAACGAUACCAAUGACUAUUUCCCUCCAGUGUUUCCAGAUCCAUGUGCACCAACGGAUCUUUUGUCUUCCAUCAUUACGUCUCAGGGAGAAACUAGUGCUCAGGUGUUCUGGGCAGAACCAUUAGCUACAGACAAAAACGGAGAAAUACCAAGAAUUGAGCAAGUAAUUGGUGAUACGAAUGGUUCUUAUUUCAACGGUUCGGCUGAUGGACGUAGAUACGACAUUGUAUAUCUUGCAACAGACAAAGAAAGAAUGAGAGACAGUUGUCAUUUCGUAUUUAAAGUAUACGAUGAGGUUAACUGCUCUGCGCCAGCGGCAAUCGAAAAUGGUCACUAUCAAUGUACAAAUGGGACAAUGCCAGGAAGUUCAUGUACAUAUAGAUGUAUUGAGGGAUACGUAAUGAUUGGGGAUGCAAAUGUCGUUUGUCAAUCAGGAAAUCAAAGCUUUCCAGUCUGGUCACCUGUACCAAGAUGUGAAGUCGUUCACUGCAUUGCGCCGUUUAUACCGGAAAAUGGGAACAUACAUUGUAACGAUCCAUCUUUUGCUUAUCAGUCAGUCUGUUUUGUAACCUGCAAGAGCGGGUUUACAGCCGAAGGGCCCAUUUAUAUGACUUGCCUCGCUGAUGGAUUCUGGUCAAAGCCUACAACUUGUACAUAUUCAGAACCUCUGGCUGUCCACUGUAUUUCGCCUCAAGUCUUCUACACAGGUCCACAACAAACAUCGGUGGCAGUAAUUUGGCAGCCCCCAACAUCAGCUGCUAUUGUAAACAACAUGGUAGAUAUGUAUCAAAUUGAAGGCCCGACUCCAGGUGACAUUCUAGAUUCUGGACUAUACACAGUGACCUAUAAAAUGUCCAGUAAGAAAUCAAACGAUUCUGCAGAGUGUAAUGUGGAUUUGCACAUAAAAGUUGUGACAUGUGAUGACCCGGCCCUAAUAUUCAAUGACAGCUUCAUGGUACACAAUUGCUCAUUACCGACAGUGAUAUUGGGAACAACCUGCUUGAUCUCAUGUCGAAACAAUCUUCAGGUAGAAGGUAACUCCUCUGUAACUUGUGUUGACAAUGGACUAAAGCAAGGUUUGUGGAACUGGGGACAAAGCGGAGAGCUAUUUUGCAAUGAAACAUUGCCAGCAUGUCCUAGGAACCUUAAUGGACCAGUAAACGGUAAAUUGUUUUACAAAAACGAUACAUCACCAGAGGUAAUAGUUCGUUGUGAUAACGGAUUUGAUUUGCAGUACGAGUUUUCUGGAAAUGUAUCAUGUGAAAAUGGAGAAUGGGUGUAUGAUCAAAUACCGGAAUGUACUGUUGAAAAGCGACCUAACUAUAUCCUUGAAGCUGAGAUAUACUACUACGGACAAGGAUGUUCAGAAAACGCAUCGGAAUAUUACCAGGAAUACAAAACUACAUUCAAUACUGAAUUUGAAGAACUUAUCACUGCCGAAUGCACGGAGAAUAAAACUUGCAAAAUGAGCAAUGUGAGCAUCGAAUGUGUUCCAACAACACAUACACGGACCAGGAGAGAACAACCCGAAAAUCGUCAUUUAAAUUUAAUGGAGCUUCUGCUAGAUGCAUUUCAUAGUCGUUUCAAAAGAAGUGUUUCACAUCGAUUUAAAAUCAGUUUUACCAUCAAAGCUGAAGCUGUCACAAAUAUAUCACAUGAUUCAUUUGACGACAAUGAAGACAUGGUCAGACAAAUAUGGGAAAACAAUCGUAAACGGAUGGUCUCCAGUGUUCUAGGGAUGUUAAAAGUAACAGGCGAUUUCCAGGUGGAUUCCUGGGAUAUCGUCAGCUAUACUACCCCAACGUGCGAAAAGAAUUACAUCCUAACUGGAUUGCAAUGUAAAACAUGUUCUAUUGGAAACGUUUUAAACUACACAAUGAAUAAAUGUCAGAAGUGUCCAAGUGGGACAUACAAAGACAAAGACGGAAUAGCACAUUGUAUUACAUGCCCCGAGGGAACUUCAACAAAGAAUAAAGGAACAGUCUCUGUAAAUUAUUGUAAAGAGUACUGUCGUCCCGGUUCUGCUUCCACUGAUGGCUUGGAGAGUUGCGCAUUAUGUCCACAAGGAUAUUACCAAGAUGAAUAUGAACAAACUGAAUGUAAAAAAUGUCCAACAGGAACAACAACAAUUCUAGCAAAUACUUCAAGUAUCAACGAAUGCACAGUUAUGCAAACAGACAAGAAAUGCACAACGUCGUCAUGUAACGGUCACAGAUGUCUCAACAAAGGAGGAAAUGUUUCGUGUGUAUGUUCCUAUGGUUGGUCUGGUGAAUCAUGUGAACAACCGCCAGAUAUUUGUGCCGAUAACAUCUGUAUGAAUGGAGCCAAAUGUAUCAACAGAAAUGACAGUUAUGCCUGCGAAUGCCGGGAAAAUUAUAAAGGAGUGAUUUGUCAGGUUAAACCUGUUAGUGGAGGAUGGACUGAAUGGUCAGGUUGGUCUGAAUGCUCUGCUACAUGCGACCAAGGCAUUAGGCAACGGUCACGUUUUUGCAACAAUCCGUCACCUUCUGAAUACGGAGAUGAUUGCCUCGGUCCAACUUAUGAAACAAAAGUAUGUGUCAUGGAUGAGUGCCUAGUAUGUCCAAAGCUGAACGAUAGAGGGAACUCAUACUUUGAAUGCACAGAUAAUCCAAAAUUGGGAUUAAAAACUUGCUCCGUCCGUUGUCAAGAAGGGUUCGUAUCGAUCCCCGGGUUUGAGGAGUUCCAGGAAUUGACAUGUGGAUUGCAGACUGGUCUGUAUUGGCUACCGGCAAAUGUAACUGCUCCGUGUGCUGAACGAACUUAUCCCAGAAGCCUUCAGCUUGAAUCAAGUAUUGAAUAUGUCGACAAGAUACCUGUGCAAUAUUAUGACACGGUAAAAAACUAUGUUCUUGGCGAAUUAUUGCACACAGACUGUUUUAAAUCUACAACCUGCAUAGUGGAAAUAUCAUUACUAGAAGUUUCUCAGCCGGAAGCUACGGAUGAAAUAUCAGACAGAACAAUGCUCAAGCUGUAUAUGGAAAGAUCUGUUUCACAUGAUGGAAAUGUUCAUAAACAGGAGGAGGAAAAAAAUAAAACAGGUCCAGCAUUUGUUCAUUUAGAGAAUGCAGUUAGAGAUAUGGAAAGCACAGCUGCUUAUCUGAAGAACAAAACCAUUGACAUCUUUGAUGUUUAUAUAAACGAACCUGUCCGUAAAACUCUAAAGCGAAGCACUGAUUCUUUUCACGCUGAUAAAGGGUCGCUUGGGAUAAAAGGGAAGGUCGUUUGUGAAACAGGCGAUGUUGCAACGGGGGGCAUUUGUAUCAGAUGUCCCGCCGGAACGUAUAUGGUUAAUGAAAGCUGUCAUUUUUGCAUCAAAGGAACUUUUCAGCCCGAGGCCGGACAGUCCACAUGCAUUCUCUGUCCACCAGGUCUUACUACAAGAACUGUCGGUGCAUAUAGUAAAGUCUAUUGUGAGGAAGAGGUCGCUGUAAUACAAGUUAUCGCAGACUCUGAGGACAGCACCUUGACAGUGUAUGGAACAAUUAUUGGUAUAGUGACAGGAAUACUGGGAAUAAUUGUAUCUAUUAUAACAGCGUUGAAGUGCUGGGAAAAACAUACGAGCGAUCAAUGAGAGGAAAUGAAGCAUUCUUCAUAGUUAUUCUUAAAUACAAUUUACUUAUCAGUUUGGCAGAUUGUUUUUCAUAAUUGUGAUGUGAAGCCAGACACUAAACGAAACUUGAUAUACUGCAAAUAGUUUAACAAAUAUAAUGAAAU